CUGCAGCCAGGGGCAUUUUUAUUUUUAGUCUGUUUUUAGGCAUUUGGCAAAUUUGGUUGGCAUCAUGUUGGCAUUUGGCAUUUGUUUGGAAGAAUUUGGAAAUGUGAAUUGCUGACACGUCAGUAAGAAAUUUAUCAUUAAUUACUUAAUUUCUAUCAUAUAAAAUGGCCCAAACAAAUGUACUAUUAAAGUUCUACAACGAGUACUCAGCAAAAACUUCAAGGAAGCUAAAAGUAAUUGAUGCCUACCUGUUUUAUAUCCUCUUAACUGGAAUCAUCCAAUUUAUUUACUGCAUUCUUGUUGGAACAUUCCCUUUCAACUCAUUCCUUAGCGGUUUUAUAUCAACUGUAAGCUGUUUUGUUUUGGGAGUAUGCCUGAGACUUCAAGUAAAUCCUGAAAACAAGAACCAGUUUUAUGGAAUUAGUCCAGAGAGAGGAUUUGCUGAUUUCAUUUUUGCUCACUGCAUUCUUCACUUAGUUGUAAUGAAUUUCAUUGGAUAAAAUAAAUGGUUUUUCUAUUAUUACUA